GUAGUCACGCCUCUUGAAGGAUGCGAUAAGAAAGCUGUCGAAGAACUUCAGCGUAUCGUCGUGUUGCAGAGGGGCAAUGCGGUGGCGAAGUGGGUAUCGCUUUCACCUCACAGCAAGAAGGUCACUGGUUGAAGCCUCGGCUGGGCUGGAUGGAGCCACAGAUCUGAUUUGUACACUGCUCACCUCAUCUAUGAGAUCACCAGCAAGUCGUAUCACAGAGAUUGACACCGGGAAGAAAUCUUCAGACUUGAAUCUGUUGUUUGCAGAACUAGUUACCCCUUAUUGCAAAAUUGAGAGAAUCAGAUUAAGCAGUUGAAAAUAUUAUCUAAACCUUACAGACAGUAUGGACAACCCCGAAGAGCAACUCGACAUGGAAAGUCUACGUCAAUAUGCAUGCAAGAUGACUUGGAAUCCAAACACGGCUUCUUUAGAUGUGAGGUUGAAAGACGAAGCUUAUGCGGAACCCCGCAGAAAACAUAAACCCGCCCCACACCACCCAGAGAGGUUUCAAGUUCCAGCCCAAAUCAUGAGUCGGGAGGGACUGAGCAGCCGUCAUUUCUUCCAGGUGGAGUGGUUCGGCAGGUGGGCUACCAUAGGAAUGGCCUAUAAACACAUCAGUAGAAAGGGAAGUGUAGAAGCUUGUACCAUUGGAUGUAAUGAAAACUCCUGGGGUAUUUUCACAAGCGCUCCCUAUCCCAUCUGUAAAGCUCUUCAUGGAGGGCUAGAGACAAUUCUGCCUGACUCCUCGCCCUUCAGAGUCGGGGUCUAUUUGGACUGGCCAGCAGGAAUACUGUCCUUUUACAACACCACAAACAAUGAGGCCAAACUAAUCCACACGUUCCAUGCAAAGUUUACUAGUCCUCUCUUUCUGCUUGUCAGCAUAAGUGCUGGAGUUCAGGUGCUUCCAGACAAACCUCCUCCUGUCUGUUUUCAUGAGCACGACCCCUGGGGUAUAAUGAUGGUCGAAGUGGCAUGCAGCGGCUGUAGGGAUUCAAAGAAGGAAUCAAAGGUGGUUCCUUCUAGAUCAUUUAAAUGUGCAAUUGUUUAAAUGUUAAAAUUGUUGUAUUUUCAAAUGAAAAGCCAAAAUAUUAGAUAUCUAGUAAAUGAAGUAAACCUAAAUAAAACUACAAUUAAAUAGGCUAAUAAUAACCAAUAUGUUUUACUAUAUUUUAUAUUGUGAUUUUUUGCUAAAUUGUAGGCUAUUACAACAGCAGAGAUUUCCAAAUAUCAUCAUAAUUAUAAUAUUUAAUAAAUAUUAACAAAUAUAGUUUUAUAA